GAAGACGACCCGAGGCGGCCAUUUUCCUGAGCGUGAGAAGGAGAGAGAGAGGGCGAGCCGACGGGAUCAUCGGCGGUGGAAGAAUUGAGGCGGGGGGCGGGUUGGACAGCGAAGGGCCGUGCUGCUGUUGCCUAUGAAACUGCCUCUACAGCUCUGCGGAGAUAACGGUCGGGGAGGGGGGUAACGAGAACUGGGAGAACCGAUGCGCGGGGAAGACUGCUGUGGUCCGGAAGGCGCAAGCCUUGGGAUGGGCAAAGGGAGCUCCUGAGAGGAGAGAAGAGGCGGGAGGGGAAGCGCGUUCCCGUUUUUCGCAGAGGAAGGGUCUUGGCGGGAGGAGGGAACUCGUCGCGAUCAUGGCCUUCGCCAACUACAGCAGCCUGCAGCGCGCCCAGCUCACGUUCGAAUAUCUGCAUACCAACUCAACCACACAUGAAUUCUUGUUUGGAGCCCUUGCUGAGCUUGUAGAUAAUGCGAGAGAUGCAAAUGCCACAAGAAUAGAUAUCUUUACUGAGCAUCGUGAAGACCUUCGAGGUGGAUUCAUGCUGUGUUUUUUGGAUGAUGGAGCUGGAAUGGACCCAAAUGAUGCUGCAAGUGUGAUUCAGUUUGGUAAAUCUGCUAAACGGUCACCAGAAUCCACACAGAUUGGACAAUAUGGGAAUGGCUUAAAAUCAGGUUCCAUGCGGAUUGGUAAGGAUUUCAUCCUCUUUACGAAGAAGGAAAACAGUAUGACCUGUCUCUUCUUGUCUCGCACAUUUCAUGAAGAGGAAGGCAUUGAUGAGGUGAUUGUUCCAUUGCCUACCUGGAAUGCCUGCACUAGAGAGCCUUUGACAGACAACAUGGAAAAAUUUUCCAUUGAGACUGAACUGAUUUACAAGUAUUCCCCUUUUAAAUCAGAGCAGGAAGUGAUGCAGCAGUUUGACAAGAUUUUUGGAGAGAAAGGGACCUUGGUGAUUGUCUUCAAUCUCAAAUUGAUGGAUAAUGGUGAACCUGAGCUAGAUGUGACCUCUGAUCCCCGAGAUAUCCAGAUGGCUGAAACUCCACCAGAGGGAACGAAGCCAGAACGCCGUUCUUUCCGUGCAUAUGCUGCUGUGCUCUACAUUGAUCCCAGAAUGCGAAUCUUCAUCCAUGGCUACAAAGUACAAACUAAACGCCUCUCCUGCUGCUUAUACAAGCCUAGGAUGUACAAGUAUACAUCCAAGCGCUUCAAGACCCGAGCAGAACAAGAAGUGAAGAAAGCAGAGCAUAUGGCUCGGAUUGCGGAAGAGAAGGCACGAGAAGCAGAAAGCAAAGCCCGUGCUUUAGAGCUGCGGCUGGGUGGAGAUCUUACCAGGGAGUCCAGGGUUAUGCUGCGCCAGGCCCAAGACAUAGCAAUAACUAUGCGCAGAGAGGCAGAUGUUAAAAAGAGGAUCAGGGAGGCAAAACAGCGAGCACUAAAGGAGCCAAAAGAGCUGAACUUCGUCUUUGGUGUGAACAUAGAGCAACGGCAUCUGGAUGGGAUGUUUGUCUACAACUGCAGCCGAUUGAUUAAGAUGUAUGAGAAGGUGGGCCCGCAGCUGGAGGGUGGCAUGGCAUGUGGUGGAGUUGUUGGGGUGGUGGAUGUCCCUUACCUUGUUUUGGAACCCACACAUAACAAGCAAGACUUUGCUGAUGCAAAAGAAUAUCGGCACUUGUUAAGAGCAAUGGGAGAGCAUUUGGCUCAGUAUUGGAAGGAUGUUGAGAUUGCUCAGAAAGGCAUUAGCAAGUUUUGGGAUGAUUUUGGCUAUCUAUCUGCAAACUGGAACCAGCCUCCAUCAAAUGAAUUGCGUUACAAAAGGCGGAGAGCCAUGGAGAUCCCAACUACUAUUCAAUGUGAUGUAUGUUUGAAAUGGCGGACCCUCCCAUUCCAGCUCAGCUCUGUGGAGCAAGAAUACCCAGAUACCUGGAUGUGUGCCAUGAACCCUGAUCCAGAACAGGAUAGGUGUGAGGCUCCAGAGCAGAAGCAGAAGGUUCCUCUGAGCCUCUUGAGAAAAGAGAAAUCGCAGGAAGAUAAACAGAAAGAGCUGACUGAUAAAAUUCGCCUGCAGCAGGAGAAGCUGGAGGCCUUGCAGAAAACUACCCUCGUACGUUCUCAUGCUGACCUGAAGAAACUGCCUCUGGAGGUCACCACACGGCCUGUUCUAGAGAAUACGGACUUAGUGAGCAAACCACAGCGGCCACGGUCUCCUCCGCUGCCUGAUGUGAUUAAGAAUGCUCCACGUAGGCCUCCAGUUCCUUCACCUCCUUCCAGGCCCUUCAAUCCUCAGAAGAAGGGCCCCCCAUCCAGACCAGCCAUCAGCUGUUCCAGACCACACAACAUGGCACACCGGGAAGAAUCCAGCCUUUCCAGGUUACAGCAUCACCUGGAGGACCCUCAGAAUUGUCCCCCAUCCACCUUUGUAAGGCCUCUGUCCAAACUUGCACCUAUUGGAAAGAUGCCCCCCGAGCCUGUUCAGAAUGCCAGAAGCCAUCAUAGACCCCCCAGUCCCAAACACUUAAAGGUGGUGCUUCCACCAAAGAAACCUGCCUUAAUCAAGCAUGCCCAGGCUUCCAGUUCCCGGAAGAGAAGCAUUAGCACAAUAGAAGAUGAAAUGGAGGAGGAGAUUGGACUGAGAAGAGAGAAGAGGAAACCAGUCAAACCUGUGACCGUGAAAGAAGAGAAGAAAGACUCGAGUGAGGUAGUAGUUGAACUCACAGACAGUGCAGGAGAAGAGGAAUUAGCAGAAAUGAAAAGAGCACAGAAAGAUAAAGGGCAGCAUGUGGAAGUACGAGUGAACAAGGAGUGGUUCACAGGCCGAGUUACAGCUGUCGAGGUGGGCAAGCAGAUGGUCCGUUGGAAAGUGAAAUUUGAUUAUGUCCCAACCGAUGUUACCCCAAGGGAUCGAUGGGUAGAAAGAGGCAGCGAGGAUGUGCGGCUGAUGAAGCCCCCCUCCCCAGAACACCAGAGUCCAGAUACGCAGCAGCAGCUGGAUGUUCCUCCUGAACCCUCUACCUCUGAGUGUGUCCGAACAGAGCCAGAUACCACUGGAUCCAGCAGCAGCCAGGAGACUGUAGACUUGUUAGCCCAGUCCCUACGGAAUUGUUUACGUUACUUCUUGCCCCCCAAUUUUCCCAUCUCCAAGAAGGAUUUGACUUCCAUGAGCUCAGAAGAGUUGGUGGCAUUCCCUUUGAAAGAGUACUUUAAACAAUAUGAGAUGGGUCUCCAGAACUUAUGCAACUCCUAUCAGACCCGUGCAAAUGCCCAGAUCCAAGCCUGUGAGGAGAAACUUCACCUCCAAGAGCAGAAGCUCACAGAGACAAAGGAGAAGCUUCAGAAGCUGAGGACAAACAUUGUUGCACUACUCCAGAAAGUGCAAGAAGACAUUGAUUUCAAUACAGAUGAUGAACUGGAUGCUUACAUUGAAGACCUCAUCACCAGAGGAGACUGACCAGCCCAGCUCCAGCAUCAGUGUGAAAUCAGACAGGAAUGUGAUUACUGUGUCUUCUGGGUUACCAGUAGGUGUAGAAAAAGCAGCCCAGAUUGAUGGGCAGAGGUAUGGCCAGGGUUUUUAGAGACUUGAGUUCUUUAUAGAGUACGUCAGUGUAGAACAUGUUCGUAUUUUCUCUUUUAUAUAAUGGAACGAGCAACUGUGCUGUUGAUUAAGGUUUCUAACCUUUUGUUUAUAAAUAUUUGUUAAAAAAUAA